GCGCUCCUAGCCAGCUGGGCUCGAAACAAAGUGCUAAGGCGCGGUACGUGCGGAGUUGCAUACAGUCCGACACUCGUACCCGUUGUUCCAGAUAGCGCAUACCUCCCUCGCCUGGCGUCAUCGUCACCCGCACACCAUCACGGGACCUUGGGCUGAAUCUCGCCCAUGGCGCGACGUGGCCACAGCACCGACCUCAUCUAACGCGACGAAGGAAUCAUCUCCAGCGGUCCCAAAUGGAGCAUCAACAACACCAGAGCAGACAUCUGUCGCCCAGCAUGUCGCAGCCCGCCGCCGCGAGAUCGAACCCCGGGCUCUCCCAUCCCCGCCGCUUUGAUGAAUCAUGGGUCGAGGUGGCGUCGCAGCCAUCAUCUUCAUCUCUCUCCAGCAUCGGGGACGAGAUUGUCACCACGGGCUUACGAGUUGGAGGCCCGUAUAAUCGCCGACGGCGACUGCACGCGCCUGCAAGGUCGGUGCCGACGCAGCAACAGCAGACGGCCAUUCACAACGCCGGGACGAGCAGUCAGGAGGAAUAUGAAGAGAGCGAGAGCGAGGAAGAUCCGGUCCUCUCCAGCUCCAACGAAAAUAUACAGCAGUCGCAGCCGCAAGCAGUCGAGGACGACUCGGACGCAGACUCGGACGACGGUGAUAAUGCGACUGCACUGGGCCGCGCUUCGGACCAGCCCGUCUUCCGUCCGCAACCCAACGCCUUCUCCCUUCCGCCAUCUCAUGGCGGCCCGCAAAGGAGCCACUCGGCUAGCCACGCCAUGCCCCCUCAUCCCCAUAGCGGCUUCACGCGACCUUCCUUUUCCCAACGCUCGCAGACUCGCAUCCACAAUGGAGGCCCCAGCUUCAUGUCCCCGGCGAACGCCCGUGAGGACAACGAUGCAGCCUUGAGAGCGUCCCUCACAACCCUGCUGUCGUGCGCUGCUGCGGCGAGGGGCCUUCCGAAGACGAGGGAGGAAGCCGGGGCGCGACGGCCGGGCGGAGAUGGCGUGGGCCCGAGCAACCAGCCUAUGGAGCUGCGGCUGGUUCAGGAGACAGACUUGAUGGACGAUAACGCUAACCAUGCCGCCUCAACACCGUCGCCCCGCUCUCGAAAGUCGCCCGCUAGGUCGCCUACGAGGGUGGCAGAAGGAAUGUCGGCAGACAAGGGCAAACGGGCCGUUCCGGCUGGCAGAAGUCCACGGGCGACGAAGAAGAAGAAGGUGGCCGCGGACAUGGCUGACGACGCGUUGAUAUCGCCUACGCUGCUUACUUGGGUUGUGAGCGCCGGCGUUGUGGUGCUUGUGUCUGUUGUCGGGUUUGGCGCAGGUUACGUGAUUGGGCGGGAGGUUGGGCGGCAGGAAGCGCUGUCGGCAAGCAUGAGCGGAGUCAACGACACGACGCAGUGCGGCAGGGAGGUGAUGCGCUCGUCUGGAGGCGGAUUGCGGAGGCUGAGAUGGGGCGCCAUGGGCAAGAGCAUCGUGGCCCAGUCAUAGGAUGUCGAGGACCUGGAAUCUGGGACAUGUGGUGGUGAGCGUGAUUUGGCGUUGGGAUCUAAUGAGCCGACAGUGGACACGAGACAUGACAGCCACUUGUUGGAUGAUUUGUUUGUCUGGCGGACGAGAGUAUGGUUCUACGGCUCUGCUAGAAGUUGGUCGCCGUUGUAGGCACGUAGUGUUGGACACGGAUACGCUCUCCGUGGCGUCUCUGGACGAGGAGACACCAUAUUGGGGCCAGCAAUUGGGGAGAAAUGAAGCUGUUACGGAAGAAGUACUUUUGUAUAGCGCGUUGUGAAGUCGCGAUGCGUAAAGUGAG